AACAAAGCUUUCAACGUUUUGAAUCAAUUGAACCAAUUGCUUGGCAAAAUUAUUAGUUUUGAAAUAUAAAGAAAAGAAAGUCCUGUACCAAUUUAUUUAUGAGGUUUACUCAGAAACUAUUUUUAAUACUUAUCAUUUGUUAGAUAUCUGCAAAACCCACAGACAGAUGUAAAGGGUGAGCAAUAGUAAUGAUUUAUGAUUUAAUAGUAAUGUUUGUUUUUCCUCCAUGGUCCCCCAACACUCACUUGCGGCCUCCAGACUCCAGUUUGAAAACCCCUUAUAUAAUGAAGGUAGAUUAAAACUUAAAUGUUCAACUCUGUUCUUAGAAACAAGAAGUUCCACCAACUUUAGGUUUGGGUAAGUCGUUUAGGCCUAUGUUUAAACAUUCUAAAUUCAUGCAGUGUGUCAUGGGCUAGAUAAAGAUGCACACACACUUCCUCUGUGGGAUUGUGAAACUCAAGGUGGUCUAUCGGUGGUCUUGUGGUUAGACUGUGUGAGCACAUGAAAUGAUUUAAUACAACUAGGAUCCGCAAUCACAUCACAAAUAUGUCAUAGACCACUUUUAACAAUAAUUAUUUCUUUAGAUUUUUUUUAAUUGCCUCAUGCUAUUGGUUUCUAGAGAUCUGAAAGUGAACAAAAGGAAAAGAAAAUCAUGAAAAAAAAACCUGAAUGCGAUGACAGUUCCUGUCUGUACCUCCCCCUGAAAGACGGAGGUUUUCUUAUAAACAGAAUGUUAGUGCAAAGCAUAAAUCAGCAGAAACGGGAAGGCGUUUGCAUCUCCGGUGGCUGCCUGUGUUCAUUUGCUCUGUUCCAUCUGCAGCAUGAAGUGUUACCUCAAGAAGAAACUCUUACUUUUUUCAUUCAUGCUGUACUUGAUUCUUAACGUGGAAUCAACGCAUGAAGUCAAUGGUACGGUGGAAGAAAACAUCACAGUUAAAUUCACAUUUCAAGAUUCUGUUAUCAACAGUUUUCCCAACAAACCUACAAGUCUGUACAAAAAUGGGAACAAGAAAGGAUAUUGCAAACAAACAGAUAAAACAAACAGAUCUUGCUCAGAAAAGUGUGUACUCAGUGAUGUGGAAAACAGUACUGUCACACUACACAUCACAAAUCUAUCCCUAGAAGAUGAAGGAACAUAUCAUGUUGUGGUGCUUGCUGAUGGUCAAAACCCUCUUAUUGAGAGCAACAGAAUUCAUAUUACAGUCAAAUUAUGGAAUAAAACAACAGAAAUUAUACCUGUAUCUCUCCAUGAAAGUUUAGUGACAAAUCCUCCUAAACUGGAGACAUCGGAACAAAAAUCAUUCAUAAUUUUCUUCACUGCAUCACUCAUAAUAUUUAUAUGUAUCUUUGUGGGCAUAUUGUGCUGGUUUUACAGGACCUAUCCAAGAAAACCAGAUGCAGAAAACCCACCAGUUCAGAAUAACAGAACAAAACAACAAGGGCAAUGUGGUAGAUCCGGUGCUGUGUUUGUCAGCUGUGUGGAGUAUGGAGAGUUAGACUUUCAAAAUAGACCUGAAAGAGAUGACAGAGUAAACCCUGCCGAGGCAACAUCAAAGGCCCAGGACGGAGUGGAAUAUGCUGCCAUCAUUUUCCCUCAGCAAAAACAGACACCGUGUGGGCGGAUGAGAAAUAAACAGCAAGUACCUGCUAUUAAGUGAUCAGAGUCAUAUCAUGUAUUGCCCACUAACAUUAGUCUAUUUUAACAUUUGCUCAUGGAAACCUAAUAUAUACUAUUUGGGAGAAAAAUUCUGAUCAAUUUAGGACUGUUUUUUGAUAAUUAUGAUUAUGAUUACAAACUGCCACAUCCUCUCAUGUUAACAAGUUCAAAAUGAUACUGUAAAGGUGCCACAGAGUUUAACACUGAGUCAUAGUGAGGUGCUAACCACAGAAGCCCCCAUGAAGAAACCGGAGGUACUUGAAUAUUUUUGUAUAGUAUUACACAACACAGGCUCAUUGGAAAAACGUGCCUGUGGUGACAUUUCUGCAAAAUGAUAUUAUGUUGCUUCUUGCACGUUUCGCAACACUUUCAAAGUGAAAUGUCUAUUGAGUGGCACUAAAAGCAUUCAGUUUUAUCUGAAACGGAAUGUGAAUCUGGCAACGUUUUAUUACAGUGGUUGUUGGACAUAUUGCAGCAGUUCUGAAAUAAAAUGUCCAGUGAGAUACGCUAAAGGUUAAAUCGCAUUUGAAAAUAACGUACCACCUGCACUAAAUCCUACAGUACCUUAAACCUACAAAACAAUACAAAAGCAAGCAUGAGAUAAGUACGCAUUUGCUGAAGCAACCAUGCUUUUUCAGCCUGUGUAAGGGAAGCCAGCUAGUAAAGAGCUGUACAUGUAAACUUAUCUCCCAUGUCCUCAAGAGGCACACUGGCAUCUGAUGCUGAAGACUGUAGUCUUUAGUGUGCUUGUUAGCUCGCCCGCCUCACAUUCCGGAGAUGCGGUUUUGAAUCCCGCUCUGAGCGGUGCAAGUAAGCAUGGAGAGGUAACAUUGGUGCCAUGACCUGGAUGGAAGUGAGGUUUAGGGGAGGGUGGGUGUAACAGAGUCACACUAGGUAAACCUCACUCCCCUGACCUCCAGAGGCACAUAAGAAGGCUGCGUUCUUUACCGUCCUUGUUAGUGUGCCCACCUUCUAUGCUGGAGAAGCCAGUUCAAAUCCCGCUCAGAACAGUGCAAGCAAAACAAGGAGGGUUACAUUCGCUUCUACAAGUCUUUGAGCUUUUUUAUUGUGAUUUAUGUUUCACAGGACUCAUACCUGGGCGCUUAGCAUUAGUAGGUCACCUGUACCAGGUGAGCUUCUAAGCAAGUUUACUCUCAGCUAACAUAGAACAUUCUCAGAACAUUGACUAACGUUCUGGCAAGGUUCUCUUAAAGUUAUGAAGAAAUUUUCUUCCAGUAAUUUUAAUAGAAUGUUUGCUCAAAGUUAUUUGGUCUUUAAUAAGUACUCCAAAUCAUUAUUUUUACAUUGUUCAUUAAAUGUUACUACUUGUUUCAGAAUAUUCAUGUUUAUUUCAGAAUGUUCGCAUUCAAAAGUAACUCCCAUAAUGUUUGCAAAAUUCUAAAAUGGAACGUUCCUUUAUUGUUCGGAUAACUAAGGAAAAAUGUUUUUAAAACACUUAAAAACGUUUUGGGCAUUCAGAGAACAUUCAGAAAUAAUGUUUUCAUAACUUAAUUGGCACUAUAGCAAACUGAACAUUUUUGUUAGCUGGAUUACAUCGAAAAAGCCAUAUAAUAUGGAGCUGGUUAUGUGAUGCAAACAUCAAAAUAUGUUUGUUCAUAAAUCAUGCACUAUAGUAAAAGAGUUUUGAAGUCAUAAUAUAGUAAGUAUUAUUAGUAGAACUAUGUGAAAAUAUUAAUCGAUAAUUUGCCCCGUAAUUAUAAUUUGUCAACAGGAAUAAAAGUUGUUGGUGUUUUACUGCCACUAGUAUUCAUUUCAGCUGGAAACUGUUAAUUGUGUGUGUAUAGGUACGUUUUUGGAGUUUUACAAAAAUGUUGGUAGAGGCACGUUUUUACAAUUAGGCUGAGUUGCAACCACAAGCAUAUUAUUGCUCAUACUUGCACCGUCUGUGGUAAACACAGGAAUGAUACCUCAAACUGUGGGGCUUAUGAGGAGAGGUUUAUGUACUAUUACACUUAUUAGAUUAAUACUUAUGAUUUGGUAAAACUGGUCAAAAAAUCCCCUGGACUUGACCUGAGUCAUAUCGAGACCAGAACAUCAUAGAGACUUGAGAGUGUGGUGCAGAGUUCUGCAGUGACAAACAGCACUCACGUUUUCUUCAGAAAAUGUGAAAAUUAGUUAUUGUUUUGUUAUACUCCUGCUAUUUUCAUAUGCGCUACUAAAAAGCUUCUGUGUAUCCUAACACUAUUCAUCCUAAAAUAUAAGUGACUGCAUUUAGAAUAUUGUUAUGUAAAUUUUAUAUGCUGAUUAUUGCACUAUGUAUGUACUGUAAAUAUUGUACUUGAAUGAUUUCUGUACUACAUAAGAAUGUAUAGCCAAAGUAAUCUCAUAAGAUUUGUAAAAAUGCUAAUAGAGUUCAAAAUAUAGACAUAUUUACACAGUCUGUCAUUUUGGAAUCCUGAUUUAACAACAAAAGAAAUACUGACGGAGCUUUUUACACACAGUUCUGAAUGCUACAGAGCGUUUGCUUUUGUUUACUUCUGUGUGAAGGUUCACAUAAGCAUGGCCACGAAGAUAACAUCAGAUGUGGCGGCAUGUGUUGGCAUUUGUGAGUAGGAGUGUUGACGGAGUCAUAAACUACAUUUUAAACCGAGAGCUGGAGAAAAUGAAGACUUCUUUCUCUCUAACAUUUCUGCGAACAGCAAAACUUAACAUUUCAAACCGCAAAAUAUGCAAACACCUUGAGAAGUAUGACUCUAAACUGCAUGUCUAAUAGUUUCCAGCACCCACACAGGCUUGUCCUGAAUGUCUAAUGAGAAGCCCGAUAUGGCCUAUUAAAAAACUGUGGGAUGACUUUUUUGCCGCAUGCAAGUUUCACUUACUUUAAGUUUACAUUGAAAUGUUUUCCUUUGAACCAACAAGAUAACCACAGUAGUGCUGGUUAAGCAUUUAUCAUAGCCUACUCUGGAGGAACCUCAUGAAUCUUAUUUUCCAUUCAUUGUGUUCAUUGAGACAGUUACAUCCUGUAACUAUUCAGGUAGGUCUUUAUUACUUUUUCUAGAAUCAUAUUUUGUCUUCUGGUUCUAUAAAGAUUUAACAGAAAAGCAAUAAUACUAUGCCUAUAUGAGUGGUAAUAUUUGUGAAUACACUGUGGACACUAUUGGGAAUUGUUACAAUGUGCAGCAGAGAAUAUUUUUACAAUACCAUUUUUCAUUAAAACAACAUUUUAAAAAAUAGAUUCAUUAAGUGACAUUAUAACAGUUAUCUUCAGUUAGCAUAGUUUCAGUUUCAUGGACUUUCGGUUUGUUUUUUAUUAUCACGUGUUCAGAUUCUGCCACUCAUGUGACACGUUUAGCUGUAUACGCAAAUAUUUUGUAACGUAUAGGUGUUUCGUCAAGAUGGAUCCGGCGUUUUCGGAGCCUGAAACUGCUAUUUUUUUAAACCGGGUCCCAGAGUGGAUAAAGGCCCCGGUAUACUUCAAACGAAAUCGAAGAACGAACUGAUGUGAUGUAAUUUCGAACAA